AUGAAUGAACAGACACAAGAAGAAGUAGAACCAGAACCACAACCACAACAAGAACCAGAACCACAGCCACAACCACAACCGAGGAAAAAAAGAACAGCCACAAGACUAAUCGACCAUAAAGAGCCACAAGAAGUUGAUUUCAACAAUAUUGGUAAGAAACAAAGUAUGUUUGCUAACGAUUGUGGUGUUAUUACGAGGUCGAUGAUUUUUGUUGAGUAUACUAGUUGGAAGAAAGUGCCAAUUGCUCAAAAAGAUAUGCUAUGGUCGACAAUUAAGGUUGAUGUCCAGACUCAAAUCUCUGAAGGAGAUUUGGUGCUCAAUCCAGGAGAGGACUUGUUGACAAAGGUAACGAUAGAUCUGAUGGGCUCCCAACUGGCAAAGCUACAAGAACACUUUGACUUACAACAUGUGUCUAGGAACCAUGCCCCAGAUGAUGUAAGCUUAGGGGUUCAGCAUACUAAUUGUAGCUCGACUCCAAAAUUAGAUGCUUUGGAUGAGAAAAAGAUGCCUUCCCCUUAUGAAUCGAUGUUACCCUACGGGGAGUUGGACCAAAAAUGUGCCAAGGGAUCAGUUUUUCCAUAUGGGAAUGGGUUAAUACACAGAUUGCCAUUACGAGAAAAUCACCUGAAGGUUAUGAUAGACGACAUCGAUAGUAUAUAUGAAAACUUUCCUCUUUCUGUGAUGACAAAAGAAGUUGCUAACCUACAAGGGGCGGUUUGCACUGUAAUUCAAUGGCCCCAGAUUGCAAUUAUUCUUGCAAAGGAACAAAGAGCGAAGAAACAAAUUCCAACCACAAGUUUGGUGCCAACAAUUGCAAGGCUGGUACAAACAAGAACAUACCCAACCAAACAUCCAGCAAGGCGAGGCUGA